GCCCUGCACGCGCUCCCAGUCAACCGGAGUCGGAAAAAUGGUGGCCAGCGUUCGAGUGCAGAAGCUGCUCCGACGAUAUAAACUAGCGAUUGCCGCCGCAUUAACUAUCCUCCUGAUUCAAGGGCUUGUGGUAUGGAGUCUGAGAAGCCUGGAAGAAGGCGAGGCAGAGAGAAAACUAAGACAGUCUAAGCUGCCUGACCACGACAACCAGGACCCCAAGAAAGACAACGCACAGAAUUCAUUGUCGGGGAGAAACAAGGGAAGCAAUGGUGCCAGUGCACUGAGGAGAGGGAGCAGCCGCCGUGGAGGGAAGCCCAACAUCAGGCUGAAGACCCCCCAGGAACGGGGAAUGACAGGGGUUGGAGUAGAUGGUGUAGUCCCCCACGAUCUCUCCAGCAGCCGUAACCUUAGCGAGAUCCGCCCAGACGGGGUAGGCAAGUUACCUGCUGCUGCCAUACCAGGAGAGCCAGGCAGCGUGGACGGGGCGCACCAAGCCCCCAACAGUGACUUUGUGCCUAAAUGUGAUAUCAUAGGAAAGGAUGCGCUGUCUGCUCUGCACCGCGCCGCGUCACAGCAGUGCAGACAGGAGAUCGCCAACAUCGUGUGCCAGCAUCAGGCCGGGCAGCUCAUGCCAGAGUCACUCCCUCAGUUCUGCCCUCAGCUUGGUGUGUCACACCCAGUUCAGGCUGUUGGUGAGCUGGAAGACAGCCUAUCCGAAGUGGAGAACCCCGUCAGAGUGGCUUUCGUUCUGAUGGUCCACGGCCGUGCUGUACGGCAGCUCAAACGUCUCAUCAAAGCCAUUUAUCACCGUGACCACUAUUACUACAUCCAUGUGGAUAAGCGGUCUGGCUACAUGCAUCGGGAGGUCCUGCAGAUAGCCCAGCAGUACCCAAAUGUGAGAGCCACGCCAUGGCGCAUGGUCACCAUCUGGGGAGGAGCCAGCCUUCUCAAAGCCUACCUACGCAGCAUGCAGGAUCUGCUCUCCAUGCUGGACUGGAAGUGGGAUUUUUUCAUCAAUCUCAGUGCCACAGACUUUCCAACUAGGACCAAUGAUGAACUGGUGGCUUUCCUGUCGCUGCACAGAGAUAAGAACUUUCUCAAGUCCCAUGGGAGAGAGAAUGCCCGGUUUAUUAAGAAGCAGGGCCUUGACCGUCUCUUCCACGAGUGUGACAACCACAUGUGGCGUCUAGGCGAGCGCAACAUCCCCGAAGGCCUGGAGGUCUCAGGCGGCUCCGAUUGGUUUGCACUCACCCGCCGUUUUGUGGAGUACGUCAUCAACUCCCAGGACGAGCUUGUGUCGGGGCUGAAGCAGUUCUAUUCCUACGCUCUGCUUCCUGCUGAGUCUUUCUUUCACACAGUGCUCGGGAACAGUCUCAUGUGUGACACCCUGGUGGACAAUAACCUGCGCGUCACCAACUGGAACCGUAAGCUGGGCUGUAAAUGUCAGUACAAGCACAUUGUUGACUGGUGUGGCUGCUCUCCCAAUGAUUUUAAACCACAAGACCUCGUUCGAAUCCAGCAACUGACCCGUCCAACAUUCUUUGCCCGCAAGUUUGAGUCCUCGGUGAACCAGGAGGCCAUAGACAUCCUGGACACUCACCUGUAUGGCCAGUAUGCUCCAGGAACUGUUGCUAUCAAGGCAUAUUGGGAGAGCCUGUUUGAGCAGCUGGACGGCGUGGGCUCUCUCAGUGACGUGGCUCUCACGGCGUACUUGUCAUUCUUUCGCCUGGGCCUGAAGAGUUUGGUGACUGCUCAGAGCAACGUGAAGGCCUGCAGGUUUGAACCAGUAGGCGUCCCUCUAUCUGUGCAUGUAUACUUUUAUGAUGACCGUUUCCAAGGGUACCUGGUUCGCCAAGAAGUCCAGGCAGUGGAGUCAAAGGCCAGGGAGACUUUGGAGAUGUGGGCAGUGCCUCAGGCUACACUCGUCCUUGAGAAGAACCUUAAAGAAUUUGAAAGGCUCAAGAAUCUUGAAAUCGGCACAGAGUGGGAUCCCAAAGAGAGGAUCUUCCGUAACUUCGGUGGGGUGAUCGGCCCUUUGGAUGAACCUCUGGCAGUCCAGAAGUGGGCACGUGGUCCGAACCUCACCGCCACUAUUGUGUGGGUCGACCCGGCUUUGGUGGUGGCGGCAUCUUAUGACAUUACAGUGGAUUUGGAUGCAGAGUACACACACUACAAACCGCCACUGCAGCACCCCCUGCGGCCGGGCACCUGGACGGUACGGGUGUUAAAACAAUGGGAGCGUGUGGCAGAAGUUCACUUUCUUGUCAUGCCAUUAACUUUUAAUAACAAGGAGCCGCUACGCAAAGAAGAGGACAGCUGGCUUCAUGCAGGACCUCCAGGGAACUUGUACCUGGAGCAGAGCUUCCAGCAGCUGAGCUCAGUGCUUAAACUGCCUCCCCAAGAAGCUGCCAUGCAGGUGGCCCAGCGUAAUGCCCAGUUGGUGGGCCAGGCCCUUGAUGCAUGGGUGGACACUUCUGUUGAGUCCUUCUGGGUUAUCGGCGACUUGUGUGCAACACAGACUUCCUCAUGCCCAGCUUUGGGGUCUUGUUCCAAGACUGCCUGGAGCUCAUUGUCCCCAGACCCUAAAUCUGAUAUGGGCCCAGUGAAAAGCGAUGGGCGGAUCAGGUAGCCCUCAGAGAAGAGAGACUGCAGACGUGCAGAGAAAACCGGAGACUGCUAGGAGACCUGUGUGAACCAGGACGUCUCCGAGGUCGGCUAAGAGCUCAAGGGCACAUAAGCAACGAUAAGGAAUCUUCCUCCACCGAGGAGCCACGUCUUUCUCAGCGCCACAGUAAUGCAGGCUUGAAAGACAAGAGCAUGACUGCUGGAAAUUUGCACAUAGGAAACUGCAAGCGCCUAGUCUUGUAGCACCGCUUACUGAAUGGGUACACGGAUGCCGGGUGUAACGUGUUGUUUAAGCUGUCGCACAGGUUUGCGGUAAUGAUCCGUCUGUGCCGGAGUUUCUUUAAGAAGUGUUCAGGCGCACAGUUUUCCUGCACUUCGGUAGAAUCAACAGGCUCCGUGCCGUGCUCAGUCUUCUUUUCGAGGGAGAAUCAAACCUGUGAAUCAUGUUAUUGUGCUUAUUUUGAAGCAUUAUUAUGUAAGCAUUAAGGAACAGAUAGAUGAAGUGCACUUUACUGUAAGACUUUGGUUUUACACAGAGGUCACUAGGUUACAAUGUGAAGAUUAGAAGGUAACGGUUAAGGUCAUUUCUUUCUUUCUUUUUUACAAUAGGAACAAACUGCCACUCCCUGUUGCACAGUCACAUAAAAUUCUUGGACUGUAACACAGAGAAGGAAGAGUAGUAAAGAGAGUGGGGUUCUUGUGUAUCCUUAGGAGUCUUGUGCUUUUUUUUUUUUUACUAUAUUAUUUGUCAUUUUUUCACAUUUUGUUUGUUAAUUUGCAGAACUAGCUGGUAAAUUGAGUUAAAUUUUCUGUUGUUGCAAAAAAAAAGGCUCUGAGCUAAACGUCUGGUCUAAGGAAGUGCCUGGACUGCUGGUGCAGAUAGCGAGGGUGCAUUUACAGUUUCUCUGAGAUCAUCUUUGUAAUACGUCUUUAACUGAAAAGGAGGGAUGUGCAGUGUGCAUGAAAGCUCCAGAACAACAGACGGUGGACCUUAAGUCAGGACUUUUACUUCCGCUGUUUGACCUGUUUCUUAUCCACUCUGCUAAAGCGACUCUACUGAGCUGAAGGAAAUGUGGGUAAAAAUAACGUUUAUUCCGAUUACUCUCGGCCCACUGGGAGGAUUGAAACCACUCUGUUUAUAUGUUAGCUCAGCAUGUAGGCUGGAAAUAGGAAGAAGCGGGCAAAAGCCAAGACACUCUACGUCUGAAACGCAGCUGUUUGUUUGUUUUUAAAACAACAAUGUCAAUGGAAGAGAAUUCAUUCUGUUUUACCUGUAAGGCCCUCGUGUCUGUACCCUGGCUACUCCGUGCCAGGUGUCAACCAAGGUAUAGGACAUAUAACCCCACCAUAACACUAACGACUGUCACGUGUUGUCAGUCUUCUCUCUGCAGAGUAAGCAAGCUUACACAGUUCUCCAAAAUGUCAAAGUUCUCUUAAAUGCAAGGUUGACCUGCCGUGUAUCUGUUUGUAUGCAGUAUUGUCACGACACGUUCACAUUUAAUUUGUUAAGGUGAAUUUAAUUUCAACUUUUUGAAUUUUGUACGUUUUCUUUGUUUGUUUUGUUUUUCUUUUUGAGUCCACCGACCCAGAGUGGUCCAUCGUCCAUUUGUUUCAGUGUGAUCGAGACUCUAAGAUGCCUUUAUGUCACAAAGCUGAAUUGUUUACUACGGGAUGAAAGCUUCCACAGAUGUGCAAUCAAUGCCUUUUCAGAUGAUAGUGAAACCCAUGUCUGUGCUUUGGUUUGUUUGAUUUCUUUUUUACUCCAACGUUACGUGUUUGUUAAGUAACAGUUGGCCACCGUGUGAGUUUUAAGUGACCUUGUUUACCUCGAUCAGUACAGUUGCUUCAGUGAAGCCCCAGUUUUAUUGGGAUAAGGGAGCAGAUGAAUGGGUGUGACAGAUGUUAUUUUUCUAUCCUGUUUGGGAGGAAUUAUGUUUGUUGUCUGUUUAUCUCUCAGCACUCUAAACUAUUAGAGCUGCUCUCCAAUCGUGUUACAUUUGUCCAGCUGUUCAGCGUCAUUUGAUACAGACCUUUAUUGUUUUUGGUGGGUGGGAAGUUGAGGUCUCCCUCCGUGCCGCUGUGAUAUGCAGCAGCCCGGCUGGUGAGUCAUCCAGAGCUCUUAUCUGGAAAAAGCUCAUAGGACAGAUCUGACUGACUCAAUAAAACGAAAAAAAAAAAAAUUAAGAUGUUUCCUUAUUUUCAUUCUUAACAUGCCUUUGAAUCAGGUGGAAAUAGAGAGGAAAUGCUUCUUAUUUGAAAGUCUUAAAUGAACCUUUCCGCUACAUUUCGAGGGGUUUUCCCUCUUACAAGAACACGAUGGGAGAUAUUUAUGAGGCUCUCUCUCCGGGGCGCUGAACACUUCCUUUUCCCUUCCUUGUUAAAAAGCUCAACAUGACUUGCAUCAUGAAUACUGUAUAAGCUACACUUCCGUUAUCAUCUCUGACCAAAACUCCUUCUUUUAAAUAUUUAGUUUCAACAUAAUUAUACAUCGUAGCAUGGUGAUAUAAACCAUCCAGGGGUGAAGGAGACAUGCAGAGAAGGUGGGGUGGAGGAAUUAAGACAGGGCGAUAAAAAGGAUGGAGAGGAAGCAUAAACGUUUAGUUCACCUCUAGGACUUCACCUGCUUUUUGGUUAGGAGCUGAUAAUUACUAUUUAAUAGAAAGUGGAUGGACGACAGCUGGGAUACGCACAGGAUGAAGGAGCGGGGGAAGAUGGUUUCCUCGGACAGCGCGUACAUGUCAUCCACAGAGGAUGGACAGACGCCCACGGCCAUCACCUACCCUUAUAAUGAAGAACUAACACACAAGGUAUUUAUGUAACUAUAUUAAAAAUGAUGCGGGAAACUAACAAUAUACAAAGUGAAAUUACAGAUUACCACAGAAAAAAAUAUAAAAUCUUAAUUUACUUUUAAAUUAACUUUCAAAAGGAUGUGCUUUUUUAAAUAAUUAACUAUUCUUUCCACAGUGACUCCUUCUGUGUCAUUUUCUGGAAACAUCUGUACCCAACAAUAAUCUAAUAGCUCAGUGAUCUAAUGCCACCCAAUAUAACCUCCCUGUAGUACUAGGGGGUUAUGGGAGUGCAGUGUGUCAUGAUUUAUGAGUGUGAAUGGAUGAAUGCGACAUGUUGGAUAAAAUUAAAAAACUAAAAGCGCUGUCUAAGAACUGUAAAGAGCACAUCACUUAAUGUUCACCACCAGCAGGAUAACUUCUGGACUUUGUCACAAUCACAGGAGCUGCACAGUUUUAACUAAAGACAAAGCAAGUGAAAUCCUGUUUAUUGUCUCCGAUUGUGGGCAUUUCUUGCAGAUAGUCUAAUGGUUUAAUCGCUCUGAAUGCUCCGUAAUUCCAUUACUGGAUAUGUGUGAACAAGUAUUCUAUUAUGGUAAGCCAAGAACAAGCUCCUGCUUCCUCACUAAUUGAAUUCAUGGAUGCAUUUGCUGUUUUGCCGAGUUCUAGCCUGCCAGCAGCCCCAGCACAUACUACAUACUGAUGGUUCCAAUUUUGUUUGCAGGCUGCACUGAGCCAGUUGGCUCUCAACUCUUUAAAUAUCCAGUAAAUGUUGAAGUCCUACAUGAAAACGUGUGACAAGAAACUGCUUUGGCGAGAAAGUAGAAAAUAAAAUAUGCACUGUAAAAGCAAAAACCUGCAGUCUUUUCAGCGUUUUACCAGAAGGAACGUGGGGUGAUGUGCUCUCUCUUUUGGAUGUUCAGUUUGAGCUCGAAUUUUAAUCUCAUCAUGGAAAGACCUCUGCAGUGUAGCAACGCUGUCACAACUAGUUUGACAAAAUGUCAAAUUUGGCUCCGGCAAAAGCACCAAAUAUGCCGAAGCAUAUGUGGGACUCUGCUGGCCUCUAAAGCUGUCCUGGGUCUCCUCAGUGUCAGGGUUCAGACAGGUCUCUGAAAAAGCUGUAGUUACCCCCCCCCCCGCUUUAUAACAUCCACACCACCAGUCUCCUGUGCUUUGACUUCUGUUUCAUGGCUGCUCUCGUCUCCAGCGUCAGUCCUGAAAACGCUGCCAGCAUGCUGACAUCAAAAUUUCAUGUAGGUGGUAUGAAAUAGUAAUCUGAUGGUUUCCGAGGGGGCCGCACACUAAAUCUAAGCUGGUCUGCAUUGUUUCUACUUCAGGUGCUCAUACCUGCUCUCUCUUUGAAAGGGAUGCAAGCAAACACUUUAUGUUAUAUCUGCUAUUGAAGACUAAAAGCAUCCUGCUCCGGAGUUUCCAUCAAAAGGAAGCACUCUGGAGAGCGAGGGAGCCACGUAGCCUCAGAUGUUCGGUCUGCAUGUCACCUUGUUAGAUUUUUAAUGUGGGGAGCAAAUUGAAUGUGCAGAACCUGAAUAUCGGUGUUUAAAGUGAGGAGUACAGAGGCUGCCUGUUGUCACGCUGCACUCUAUCUGAGCUCC